CGUGCGUGCGUGCGUAUGCUGGUUAUCAUUCCCAGCAGCAUAAAGACAGGAGGCCUGUCGACAGAGAAAAAAACACAGUGUUGGUCUUCACCACCGUCUCUCUCCGGGUUGUUCUCACUGAGCCACAGGAAGUGACGCUGACCGUGUCCGUCUGUCUCCUCCACAGCUGAUAAAGAAAAACUGGGGAAGAAAGACGACAGCAGCCCUUUCAAAAUAAAUGUCUUAGAAACCACAGGUCUGGAUCACGGGGACGGUUUCUACGCCGGGAUGCCGAUUCCCUGCGCUGACAGCUACGCCAGCUUCUGCGUUCACGGGAAAUGUGAGAUCAAGUACAACAUGGCCACCUGCAGAUGUGACUCAGGUUACAAAGGUUCACAGUGCGACGAGCCUCAGGACUUCAACAUCCUCUACGUGGUCCCCAGUGGACAGAAGCUGCACUACGUCCUCAUCGCCGCCAUCAUCGGCGCCGUGCAAAUCGCCAUCAUCGUCGCUGUGGUGAUGUGCAUCACAAGGAAAUGUCCAAAAAACAACCGAGGUCGCAGACAGAAACAAAACCUUGGACACUUUUCCUCGGACACUAACUCCAGGAUGGUAUAGCCGUGUUUGCCGGUCGUUCUUUUUGAUAUGUUUUUUCUUACGGUGUGGGAAAGACAUUUUUUAACGGUAGAAUUGUGCUAUUGAUUAUUUUUUCCUCUUGGGAAACCGUCGAGAAGAAGAAUGAGAAUAUUUAUUUAAGGGGCCUUAUUGUCUCUCCUUUUUGUUCGGAUGGAAUUUUGGUGCAUUCAUAAAUUUAGAUUUUGUUUUUUAUGUUUUUUGGGUUUUUUGCCGCACGCCCAAGGAUCUGAAUCGACAGAAACCUGAUGUCACUUCAUGUCAUUCACAUGUGACGUCUUAAUUACUUUAACUGCUUCAUCCGAGGUUUAGUUGAAUGCUUUAUAAAUACGGCACCUUUAGUUAACUGGCUAACAGAGUAAUGUCCGCCCCUCUGGAAUGUGCUAUUUAUUGGAAAUAAUUAUUUUCUACUCUGUUCCACUUUUGACUAAUAACGAGCAGCUGAUCACCAAAUGCAGUUUGUUUUUAAUGUUUUGGUUUCGUCCGUGUGUAGGAGGGGCCAGCCAGUGAUAUAGAUACGUAUGUUUACACUUAUUCUUUGGUUUGAAGUUCCGUGUAAAGAUUUCACUGUUUAAACGAGCUAAUAAUUUAUUAUUGUAACAAUUAUAGUUUUUGACUUAAGGUUUUUAUGUUUUAUUUUAAGCAUUGCUUUCUAAAUUCUAGCUCCUGUAUAUUCGCAUGACUUGUGAAAACUGUGUAGUGUGGUGUAGUUUUAACUUUCUAAAAGAAGAGCUGACGGCGUCAACGCCUCCGCCACCUCAGAGCCGCCGGCGACGUGUCGGAAGUCGGACAGAAGAUCGGGAGACUGAGUGAGAAGGUUUUAUUCGGUGUUAACAAAAGGAACGUGUCAUGUUUUAAAUCCGUCUUUCUCAGGGGGAGAACCAAAACAUUGGCUGGUACUUGGGAGCUCGUCUUCUAUAACCACCUCAACGUUCACGAGGAACAGAGUCGAUGUGUUGAUUGUAACGCUUCCACGUAAUUGGAAGACGUCUCGGUUGAAAUCAAGGAUUUUCUCUGAAUGUGGUUCUUUGUUUUAAUUUUGCAUUCGCUCCUCACUGAGACAUUCCAAGCACAGAUCUGAAAACCCUCCUCGUCGGGGAGACGUUUGAAUCCGAACAAAUGUGACACCGGCCACGUGUCCUCUCUGAUGCGAACAGAUACCGGUGUCACCUAUUGUCUCAAAGUCCCGGUGUCAUAAUGCAAAGACGUCUGAGCUUUAAACAGACGGACGAAUACUGUUUGUAGAAAGUCAAGUGACUGUUGACGGACAAGAAAAUACACCUGUUGCAGAUUUGGUCGCGUACUGACGGAGCUGUGUUGUGACCAUAGACUGUCAAUAACGAUGGACGCCACAUCUCCGCAUUCUCCCGUUAACAUGAAGCUAAAAUAUCGCCAGGAAGAUGGUUCCUGGUUCAAUCAUGAGUCAGUGUCAGCUGUCGAUCAUCACGUCUCCGCCUGUUUUUAUAUCAUAAAUAACUGAUUCUAACCAAACUGAUGAGAAACUCUUGAACAAACAUCAGAGAGAUGAGAACGAGCUGAAAUGACAGAAACAUCUUUGACAAACAUUUGUUAAACGUCUUUAGUUUGCUCCAUGUCCCAUCUGCUGACAUGGAGGAGGUGUAUGACCUACACUGCAGCCAGACACCAGGGGGAGAUAAAGAUGCUUUGGCCUCACUUUUGGGAGCUGCAUCGUGUCGUCCGUCGUUAUUCACAGAUCUGCAAAAUGUUCCGACUCUCAUGACGUGUGUCCUCGUGACAGAAGAGUCCAAAUCCUUCCUGAGUCUGAGGAGGACGGACUGAAACUCUGGGGAGGUUUGUCUUGUCUGUGUGUGUUUAGAGUUUUUAUUAUAUUUAUUUAUAUUGUCGUGUCUACAGGUCGUAGGCCAGCACCCCCCCCCACUGAGCAGCGUGUGUCUUGUUGUCGACCAUCACAGCCGUGACUUCUCUAGAUGUGACUAGAAUGUGUUUGACAUGUUGAUAUUCAUUGCAUGUAGACUUGUAGAGGCUGUUUUUGGUCUCUGGCAAAAUAAAAAGAGGAAAUGUUUUUUAACGUA